AUGCCUCCGAAAAAGGAUCCUGAGGUUACGCUCGAGCAGAUGCAGCAACAAAUGAGUCGGAUCUCGCUGGUGGAGCAGGAGAUCUCUCGUUUGGCGCCGAUAGAGCAGACGAUGAACGUGAUGCAGCAACAACUGGCUGUCAUGUUCAGUCGUUGGGAGGUUGAGCAGAAGGAGAAGGAAGCCGAGAAGGUCAAGCUGCGAGAGUUGGAGAAGGGAAAGGCACAUCAAUCUGUUGACCUUGUCUCUGAACCAACGAUCGGGAGCAGAGUUGAUGAUGAGAUCCUUCACCGGAGCCCGACGAAGUUUCCGACGCCGUUUCUGAUGAGUGAAGACGGUUAUUUCAGCCGGAACCACCGGGGUCAGGGAUCCAACCUUAACGACGAUCCCCUGCCUUGGCGUCAACCGUCGUGGUCCCGCCGUGUGGAUAUUCCAACAUUCGACGGUUCGGAGGUUGAAGGAUGGAUCUUACGGGUGGAGGAAUACUUUGAGUUGGGGGAGUUUAUGGAGGACGAGAAGCUACGACUGGUGCGGCUGUGUUUCUCCGGUGAUGCACUGUUGUGGUACCGGUGGGAACGCACUCGCAACCCCUUUCGUACGUGGGAACAGCUUAAGCAUCGUGUGUUAACUCAAUACUCGACGCUUCAAGAUGUCUCCGCCGGCGAACGUCUGUUGAAGAUUCUUCAGGAAGGAACGGUUCGUGAGUAUCACAGAGAUUUCAUCAAUCUGGCUUCUCACGCGCCGGAAGUUCCUGAGUCGGUGCUGGAGUUCGCCUACAUGAAUGGGUUGUUGGGUAAGAUUCGUAAAGGGGUGAAGAUGCUGGAUGCUCGGGGCUUACAACACAUGAUGAGAGCUGCGUUGAAGGUGGAGGACUGGGAGACGGAGGAGGCGUUAGCUCCGGUCAAACCUUCGAAGCAGAUGUCUAGUGGGCCAUCUCACACGAGUAAGCCCAUUAGCGGUGUGCAGGCCCAGACUGUCGCGCAACCCAAGCCCAAAACUCAACCAACAUUUCCUAAUGCGACACAGCGGGGAAUCGGAGCUAGGGCUGCGACAAAUCAUGGCCGCCUCAAGCCUCCGUUUCGUCGUCUGACUCCGACGGAAGUGGAGCGAUGGAAGGCGCAGGGGUUGUGUUUCAAAUGUGAUGAGAAGUUUCACCCCAACCAUCCGUGUGCUCAAGCUCAGUUGACGGUGAUGCUGCUUCAUCCUAAUGGUGUCGAAGAGGAGCUGUUGGAUGAACCAUGCGAGCUGGAGGAAACUGUGGAGGGGGUCGCAGCUUUGGUAGCGGAGGUAUCAGUCAACUCAGUGGUGGGGAUCUCUUCACCACGAACAAUGAAGCUUCGGGGAGUCAUUCAGAAUCGGGAGGUGGUGGUGCUCAUCGAUAGCGGAGCCACACACAAUUUCAUCUCCUCAAAGCUGAUUGCCGAACUGAAGCUUCCUCUGAGCUCCACGAGGAGCUAUGGCGUGCUGGUAGCUGGGGGAGUGAAUGUACAAGGCAGAGGUGUUGUGGAUGGAGUGACGUUGAUCCUGCCUUCGUGUCAGUUCACUACCAGCUUCCUUCCCUUGGAGUUAGGAGUUGCAGAUAUCAUCUUAGGCGUGCAAUGGCUUGACCCACUAGGCGAGAUGCGGGUGAACUGGCAACAGCAGUGGAUGAAGAUUUGUGUUGCUGGCAAGUGGGUCGAGUUGAAAGGCGACUUGAGUUUACACUCUGAAGCAGUUUCAUUGAAAUCCCUCUGGAAGAUUGUGGAGGCGGAAGGGGAGGGAGUUCUGGUGGAAUUUGGCAGUUUGCAAACUGCUGAGGAGGUCGUCGCAAUGGCUCUACCGGAGGAGUGGAAGGGGUUAUUGCAGCAGUAUGCUCCUGUAUUUGCAGAACCUACGGAACUUCCACCAUCCCGCGGGAAAGAACACAGCAUCACUUUGGAGGAAGGAGCACGACCUGUCAGUGUUCGGCCCUUUCGAUACCCCCAUAUACAAAAGGCCGAAAUUGAACGUCAGAUUGCGUCCAUGCUCGCUACGGGUAUCAUACAGGAGAGUGGAAGUCCCUUCUCCAGUCCUGUACUCCUCGUGAAGAAGAAGGAUGGCAGCUGGCGUUUUUGCGUGGAUUACAGGGCACUGAAUAAGGUGACAGUUCCUGACAAGUAUCCGAUUUCGAUGAUCGAUCAGUUGCUCGAUGAACUCCAUGGCGCACAGGUGUUCUCCAAAUUGGACUUGCGUUCAGGAUAUCACCAGAUACUUGUGAAGCAGGAGGACAUCCCUAAAACGGCUUCCGCACUCACGACGGUCACUACGAGUUCCGCGUGA